AUGGCAUUAUAUUCGAGUGACCCUGAUUUCAUUUGUCAGAACGAAAGGCUGAUGUCAUGGGCGAACGAUGCCAGUCGAUUUCUGAAGACAUACCAUCGCGAAUGUCAAUCGCAGCCAUUGGACGUUUACUAUCACUUCGCCUUUACUCCCAAAUCCACCAUUUUCCAACGGGUAUAUUCCAAAAUAAGAUCAUUCCCACAUCCAGUAGUUACAAUCGGCCUAGAAGAUGAUUGGCCAUCCCAUACAAAAAUCAAAACGCAUAGGAUCGUUACUCAUUGUUUGUCUCCUUGUGGUAACUGGUUGGCUACAGGUGGCUCAAGGGGUUCAUACGCGGCCUAUAGGAUAUGGGAUGUAGCGCUAGCAGAUGGGGAAACAAGUGUGCACCCCUGUGGCGAAAAGGGUUGUACUGUCCAGCUGGUCCUAUGGUCGUAUGACCAAGAUCACCAACCACUUCUCCAGACCAUUUGCAAGUGUAAGAUCCUAUUUCGAUGGAAUCUGUCCACAUACCCCCACACACUACUCGAUGAGAUUAAAUUGGAUUUCAAGAGAGAAUAUAGCAAAUGGAGUGAAGAUGGGAGUAGAGCACUGACUUAUGAUCAUCACAAUGACUCAGAUAUAUACAGUCUAUGGAGCCGAGAUAGCCCACAGUCUUAUUUUCAAAUGCCAGGCAGCUAUAGGACUCCGUAUCGCUAUCUGGCUGAAGAACACAAAUGCUCAUUCUCCCCAGGUAGUGGAGAUAAACUUGAACAUCAUAUGUUAUACACAUUGAAAUUGUGGGACUGUAUAGGAAUGCAGGAGCUGUUUAGUAAAUCAUUUAAUAUGUCUCUAGAGUAUGUUCAAUUUUCACCCAAUGGCGAAACUCUCGUCCUUCUGGUCGGACACUACUACAUGUCACAGUCAAUCCACUGUAGUGAUAUGGUGCCAUCCGGUGCAAACAUGACCCCCUGGCACGCCCCUGGCCAGCGCAAUUCAUAA